CCGGGGGCCCGGACGCAGCCCGGCUCCUGCCCUGGUCGGCCGCCCGCCCGCCCGCCGCCGCGGGGACCCCCUCGUCGCCCCCUGCCCGCCGCCGCCGCCUCGGCCGACCGAGGGACCUGCCCGCCCGCGGCUGCUCCGGAGCUAGAGGAUCAAGACAUAAUGGGAGCAUUUUUAGACAAGCCAAAGAUGGAAAAGCAUAACGCCCAGGGGCAGGGCAACGGGCUGCGGUACGGGCUGAGCAGCAUGCAAGGCUGGCGCGUGGAAAUGGAGGAUGCACACACGGCUGUGAUCGGCUUGCCAAGUGGACUUGAAACGUGGUCCUUCUUUGCCGUAUAUGAUGGGCAUGCUGGUUCUCAGGUUGCCAAAUACUGCUGUGAGCAUUUGUUAGAUCACAUCACCAAUAACCAGGAUUUUAAAGGGUCUGCAGGAGCGCCCUCGGUGGAGAAUGUAAAGAACGGAAUCAGAACAGGUUUUCUGGAGAUCGAUGAACACAUGAGAGUCAUGUCAGAGAAGAAGCAUGGUGCAGAUAGAAGUGGGUCAACAGCUGUGGGUGUCUUAAUUUCUCCCCAACAUACAUACUUCAUUAACUGUGGAGACUCCAGAGGUUUACUUUGUAGGAACAGGAAAGUUCACUUCUUCACACAAGAUCACAAGCCGAGUAAUCCACUGGAAAAAGAACGAAUUCAGAAUGCAGGCGGCUCGGUGAUGAUCCAGCGCGUGAACGGCUCUCUGGCUGUAUCGAGGGCGCUUGGGGAUUUUGAUUACAAGUGUGUCCAUGGAAAAGGUCCCACGGAGCAGCUGGUCUCCCCAGAGCCCGAAGUCCAUGAUAUUGAAAGGUCUGAGGAAGACGAUCAGUUCAUCAUCCUUGCGUGUGAUGGCAUAUGGGAUGUCAUGGGGAACGAAGAGCUCUGUGAGUUUGUGAGAUCCAGACUUGAAGUUACUGAUGACCUUGAGAAAGUUUGCAAUGAAGUGGUCGACACCUGUUUGUAUAAGGGAAGUCGAGACAACAUGAGUGUGAUUUUGAUCUGUUUUCCAAAUGCACCCAAAGUGUCAGCAGAAGCGGUGAAGAAGGAGGCAGAGUUGGACAAGUACCUGGAAUGCAGAGUAGAAGAAAUCAUAAAGAAGCAGGGGGAAGGCGUGCCUGACUUAGUCCACGUGAUGCGCACGUUAGCCAGCGAGAGCAUCCCCAGCCUCCCUCCCGGGGGCGACCUGGCUAGCAAGCGGAAUGUAAUUGAAGCCGUUUACAAUAGACUGAAUCCUUACAAAAAUGAUGACACUAGCUGUCCACUGCACCCACUCUCUCACACACACCCUGACUGCUCUCAUCUCUGCCUGCACCACAGUUGUAGUGAUUGAGGACAGAAUCACGGACUCUACAUCAACUGAUGAUAUGUGGUAAAACUGCUCAUCUAGCCAUGGAGUUUACCUGCACCUCCAAAGGAGAGUACGGCUUGAACCUUUUAACAUCCAUCCUCAGCAUUAAGGAAGGGAUAUGACGUGGUGAGAGAGAUUACAUCAGAGAACUUCAGCAGUACAACAGCUAGCCCAGAACUGAUUUUUUUUUUUUUUGUGAAUUUGAAACUUAUGUAAAAGUGAUUUCAAACCAUAAUUCAUGUUGUAAAUCAGACUCCAGCAAUUUUUGUUGUAUGAUUUUGGUGUUUUUUUUUUUGUAAAGUAUAAUUGUCUAUGUACAAAAUACUCAUAUUUAAUUAUGAACUGCUUUAAAUCACUAUCAAAGUUAUAAGAAACGUUUGGCUUGUUGUGUGAAGCAACAGAUAUAUAACCCUUUCAGGUCAUGUUACGUUUGGACUUGGGGUUGGGACAGGGAGAGCAGCAGCCACAUCAGCCUAGGUGCUCAAAUGUGCACAUGAUUAUGGAGAAUAAUGACAAAGCUAAACAUCCACGGAGUUACUGAAAACCACCUUCAUGUUCCUGGCAGCAGGACUGGCGCUCCUGGUGAAGCCGUUGCCCUGUUUUAGCUGUCUGUCUGAAUGUGCUCUCCUUGCUGCCGUGAGUACUACAGGCAUACAGUAUAUUCCUAAGGACAUCAAUCUGGAGGCUGAGAUGCCUUGAUUCUUUGCACCUCUUUUCCAAGCCCUUACAUUUAAUUACUAAUUGAUGAGCAGCAGCUUCCUACAUACUGUAGGAGACUGCCAUGUUUUUUGCUAUCAUGAUUGGCUGGGCCUGCUGCUGUCCUAGUAAGAUACUCUGAAUUCCAUUUUAUCAAUAAAGCUUGAUUUAA